AUGAAUGGAUUACAAGCACAGCCAGGACCACCAGGACGAGAUGGCAAAGAGGGACCUGAAGGACCGCUGGGAAGGAUGGGGAAUGCUGGCCCGAAAGGUGAACGGGGACAGCGGGGACCACCGGGGGAGCAAGGUGAGGCGGGUGAUAGAGGAGAACCGGGGCCAAAAGGACUGAAAGAUGUCAAACCCUUUCCACCACGUUUACAAAUAUGUAUACUUAAGUGUUAA